CAGGAUCCUUCUGAGCCUGUGUAGGAACCUGAUUAAACAGAAAAGCAGGCUGAUUUAGUUUAAUUAACAUUUCGUUGCUCAGUUUUGUAUAGGUUUUUAUUUUUUACCAUGCAUUUUUUCCCCUUUGUGGGUCCUUAUUAUCCACCUGUACACUAGGUGGCGGAACGCACAUAUAAUUGUUGCGGACGCCAUUAUACCAAAGAAGAAGUUAAUCCUCACCGAAAAAGUUACGCCAGAUAGCUAGAACAACAAGAGCUGCCAAUUCCAGUUUCAAUCCUUCCAUGUCUGAACCCAAGUCCUCGGGUUCUUACUGUGGUGUUCCAGCACAGAGAAGCUCACAGUGGGGUCCAGAGAUGGUCUUAGUGAAGCUGGAGGACUGUAGUCAACCACUGGAACUCAAUGUGAUAGUCAAAGAGGAAGAGGAGGAGAGAGAAGUCAAAGAAGAGGUAGAGAUCAAAGAGGAGGCGGAGGACAUGGCCCUCAAAGAGGAGGCGGAGGACAUGGCCCUCAAAGAGGAGGCGGAGGACAUGGACCUCAAAGAGGAGGCGGAGGACAUGGCCCUCAAAGAGGAGGCGGAGGACAUGGCCCUCAAAGAGGAGGAGGCGGAGAACAUGGCCCUCAAAGAGGAGGAGGCGGAGGACAUGGCCCUCAAAGAGGAGGAGGCGGAGGACAUGGCCCUCAAAGAGGAGGAGGAGAUGGCCCUCAAAGAGGAGGAGGAGAUGGCGGAGGAGAUGGAGGAGGAGGAGGCAGCGGAGGAGCUGGCCCUCAAAGAAGAGGAGGAGCAGAUGGCCCUCAAAGAGGAGGAGGAGGCGGCGGAGCAGAUGGCCCUCAAAGAGGAGGAGGAGCAGAUGGCCCUCAAAGAGGAGGAGGAGGCGGCGGCGGAGGAGGAGAGGGUGGUCACAGAAGUGGAGAACAGGGAAGAAGUAGAUGGUAACACUGACCCAGGAGAGAGCUCCAACCCAGGUUCAGACAGUGAGCCCAGUUCCACAGCAUCAGGAAACCAUAAACAACACAGACGGAGGAACUCAAGACUGAAACAUCACCACUGCAUGGACUGCUUCACUAGUUUCUAUGAUCCAGAGGAGUUGAGAAGACACACUUGUAGGCCCCAACCCUGCUCAGAUUGCAGAGGCAGCUUUAUUUGUCCAAUUCACCUCAAAUCAAAACAGACUCAAAAAAGGAUUAUGACAUACCCGUGUGGUCAAUGUGAGAAGAUAUGUGAAACACCAAGCAAACUCAAGACGCACCAGAUAACUCACACAGGAGAGAAGCCAUACCACUGCACCAUUUGUGGAAAGGGUUGCAGUCAUUCGGAUCAACUAAAGACACACCAGAGAACUCACACAGGAGAGAAGCCUUACCAUUGCUCCCAAUGUGGAAAGAGUUUCAGUCAGUUAUCUACUCUGAGAAAACACCACCUAACUCACACAGGAGAGAAGCCUUACCUCUGCUCUCAUUGUGGGAAGAGUUUCCGUCAGUUAGCCAACCUAAAUGCACACCAGUUAAUUCACACAGGAGAGAAGCCAUACCACUGCUCUCAGUGUGGGAAGGAUUUCAGACAUCCAAGAGACUUAAAGUCACACCAGAGAACUCACACAGGAGAGAAGCCUUACCACUGCUCCCAAUGUGGAAAGAGUUUCAGUCAGUUGUCAACUCUGAAAAAACACCAGCUAACUCACACAGGAGAGAAGCCUUACCUCUGCUCUCAAUGUGGGAAGAGUUUCAGCAGGUUAUGUGAAAUGAAGGCACACCAGAUAACUCACACAGGAGAGAAGCCUUACCACUGCUCUCAAUGUGGGGAUAGUUUCACCAGUUUAUAUUUCCAAAAGAAACACCAGCUGAUUCACACAGGAAAAAAGUCAUUUCACUGCUCCCAGUGUGGGAACAGUUUUAGUCAAUCAUCAACUCUGAAGACACACCAGAUAACUCACACAGGAGAGAAGGCCUUCCACUGCUCUCAGUGUGGGAAGAGUUUCAGUCAUUUAUCAACUCUGAAGACUCAUCAGAUAACUCACACAGGAGAUAAGCCUCACGCCUGCUCUCAGUGUGGGAAGAGUUUCAGUCUGGUAGGAAACCUUAAGCGACACCAGCUAUCCCACACAGUAGAGAAGCCUUACUGUUGCUCUCAUUGUGGGAAGAGUUUCAGUCAAUCAUCAGCUUUAAAGAAACACCAGAGAACUCACACAGGAUAAAAGCUGGGUCAUUAAAUCUGAAGACACCAGUUUGCUCACAUAGGGGAUAAGCCUUAACUCUAUUAUCAAUGUGGGGGUAGUUUCACCAGUUUAUAUUUCCCCCCCCCCAAAAAAAACAGCUGUGGAAAGGUUCUGUAAUGAAUAAAAUGUUUUGUUUGCAUCUUAUCUUUGGUGUCCUAAACUGGUACUUGGUGCAUCUAAGUUUGACUGUGACCUCUCCAGCUUGCUGACAAUAAAGGGUGAUUCAUUUUAAUAUUGA